CAAGUGAGCGAGCUGUGAGAGAAAUCAAGUGUUCAACGCUCACUAACUUUAGUCACAAACACCGUUUAACUUUGACUAAAGGCGGGAAACACACCAGAACUUACUUGGUCAAGGUGGUGGUUUUGCUGGGUGUGUUUGAAUUUUAAACAGUGAAAAAAGGAGUUGUGGUGGGUUUGGCGGUUAUGGCAGCACCGCGACCCAUUAAAGGCAUCCUGAAGAACAAAACCAGCACCAAAGCCCCACCCGCAGAACCAGCCCAGGACACUUCAGAACAAGGAGUCCCUACAAACCCUGAAGACGACCAACAGAAGAAGUCACAGAAAUGGGAUGAAAUGAACAUUUUGGCCACAUAUCAUCCAGCAGAUAAGGAGUAUGGGUUAAUGAAGAUUGACGAACCCAGCACACCGUACCACAGGAUGGUUAGCGAUGACGAGGAAGAGGGGGCGCUCAGCGACUCAGAUGGGAAUACGGUGCUUCUUGGAGAUGACCUCGCAAAGAAGCUGGCAGCAGCGGUGGAGGGCGCUGAAUCUCGCUUCAUGAGGGAACCAGAAGAGGAGAGCAGUGAGGAAGAGGAGGAAGAGUUGACUCGAGAGGAGCAAGCCAGAAAGAAGCAGUUUCAGAUGAUGAGGAAGAUGCAUUAUAAUGAAGGUCUUAACAUCAAACUCGCCCGAAAACUCAUCCCCAGUGAGCUAGAGGAGGAGGAGCAGGAGGAUGAGGAUGAAGAGAUGAAGGAUGACACAGAGACAGAGUACAUCACUUUUGACCCCCCACAAGAUGCUGAUUCCUUGGAUUCGUAAGGAUGUAAACUAUUUCUCCUUCAACCCCUGCCUUGUUACAUAAACCUCUUAAAGGCACUGUGUACUCCACCAACGCUGCAGUGUCACGCAUAUCAGUCGGCUCCUUCAUUUGCCAAACAUUUAUUGUCAAACACUCGUGCCCAGGCGCAGAAGUUUUUAUCAGCUGAUCUCUUGGUUUGACUGUUGACUUCCACAAUGAACCAUAUUGUUUCUUUUAUUUCCAAACACAAAUGUCCAUUUAUUUUAGAUUAAUUGAAGGGAAAGCUAACCCAAAAUUAAUUAAUGUGAUUUGAACAAAUGGGUGUUUUAGCAUGCACUGGCUCUACAUUAAUGCAGAAAUUUGAGAUUGAAAUCAAGGGGAAUGAUGUGGCCUUGGGCUUUUUAUUGUGACAAGCACAUAUAGCCUGCGUUAAACUGCUCAGAUGAGCUCUACUGUAUGCAUGGCUUCUGAAAACCAUGUAUCAUUACAUUAGCACUAAUUGUAUCUCUGCCCUGUGUAUGAAUUAACAGGUGAGUAUUACUUAAUUAACUUUAAAACUACUGAUGAGUAGACCGAAACCUUUGGUUGCCAUCUUUAUUUGAAUUUGCCUUUUUUUUUUUUUAUAAAACACUUGUGAUGGGAGUUAUUUUUUGUGAUAAUUAAAGACUAGAAUUGUCUCUCCCACAAUACCGAAAUAAAAAUUAAGAGAACUUUCAGGAUAAUUAAGCACAUUUUCCUCCUUAAUUCUGAUUACUGUGACGCAAAAAACAAUCUCUUUAAAAACUAUUUUGUGUAAAUUGUAAAGUAUUUUUAUUUUAUGGUAGUUUUUCUUGCAUUGCCUUUAAUACACAGUGUGAUGUGUGAUUAAAAAAACAUGUUUAUUAGAAAUAUGUGGAGGCAUUACGGUAUUAAGAAUUUGAGUAGCUUUUAAUUUUACAGUACUUUUCUGCAUUUAUGUACUACAUAAUUACAACAACUACAGUAAUUACUACGUAUAAACCUAACCUUAACCCAUAUUAAGUACAUGUAGUUACCUGAUAUUACUCAGUACUUUCUUGGCUAAAUUCGCUGUAAGUUCAUUGAAAGUGCAUGUACUGGAAAAUAAAGUGCAAUCAGAAUUUGCAUAAAAAUAAAGUUACAAUGAAAAAAAUCUUAUUGGUCCUAAAAAUAGGCUUCAUUUUCUUUAUGCAAAAUAUAAUUUCUUCAUGUGAUGGUGUGAAAUAUGGACCAUACUGUGAGAUUCGCCCAUAUAACGUGAUUGCUUUUUGAAAAUGUUGUAUUGUCUUUCAUUUGUAAUAGUUUUCAUUUUGAUUAUAAUACAAAUUUUUUUUAUUUAUUACAGUAAUAAGAAUUCUAACUGUAAAAUCACAAAUGUCUUUAGUCUUUAAGGUAAUGAUAAUUUGGGGGGGAAAUGUGCUUAAUUGACAUGAAAAUAAUGUCACAAAUAUAAUUUCUUAAUUUGUUUUUAUGGUGAAAUAUGGACAGAUUUGUGUGAGAUACAAGGAUUGCUUUUUAAAACAGUGUUUCAGUUGGAAUACAUAAAGACCCUUCUCUCCUCAACAUGAAAUGUUACAAUCAUUCAUUUGAAAUCUCAAAGUGUCUUUUUUUCACAGGGAGUCUUUUUGUUCCCAUUGGUAUGAAAUAAAUGACCAAGUCUUUGACUGAAGAUGUUAGACAGAUGUGUUGAAUUCUCCUUCCAGUCUCGAAGGGUUGUAUAUGGUUAUAAUCUGAUGGUGUGUUUUACACUGGUGGAAUGGAGAUGAAAUGUAAAUUCGGUGUUGUUAUGGCAGGAACGGCAGGUGUCUGUAAUAUCCCAUCGGUCAUUGACAUGGUCUGCACAGCACUGAGCUUGUACUGUCAAGAUAUAUAUAUUUGUACAUUAAACACGAAUGAUAAAUGCCUAAACAAGUGCUUUGAUUAUAUGAUUAUGUUGACCUUACAUUUUUCUUUGUGUCAAUUUAGGUAAUUUGGCAACUUCUCUGUGUCCAUAAUUUAACCUGGAGAUUUGUGUUGUUGUGUUUGUGCAGUUUUGGCAACCAUUAAAAUAUUGAUAUAAACUUGUUCUUUCAAUUUAUCUUUCAGGAAUAUCUUUAAAAAUUGUAAUGCAUUUAAGAUUCACCACGGCAACCAUAGUUUGCCCCAAAAUACUACAGUUAUUGUUUACUACAUUCAAAAGAGAAACUAA